CAUCGCUGCAGUUCCCUGUGUGUCCUGCGACGCGCACUCCUCUUCCUCCUACCAACAACGCUACUCCCUCCUUUGCAGAAUCACCAUGACUAGCUUAGACACCCAACAUGAUGAUAUGAUUCACGACGCAGUGUUGGAUUACUACGGCAAACGCCUAGCGACCUGCUCCUCCGACCACACGAUUAAAGUUUUUUCCGUUGACGGAAAUCAACACCGCCUGCAGGAAACGUUAAAAGGACACACCGGUCCCGUCUGGCAAUUGGACUGGGCUCAUCCAAAAUUCGGCACGAUUUUAGCUUCAGCUUCCUACGACGGACAUGUCAUUGUUUGGCGGGAACAAGAUGGUACUUGGAAGCAAUUGUACGACCAUGCCCUUCACCAGGCUUCCGUAAAUUCUGUUUCAUGGGCUCCCCAUGAGUACGGAGCUCUUCUGGCUUGUGCUAGCUCUGACGGCAAGGUUUCUGUUCUCGAAUUCAAGGAGGACGGAUCUUGUGAUACACGUGUGUUUGUCGCUCACGAAGCCGGAGUAAAUGCUGUGUGCUGGUCACCUUCGAGUGUGUACGGCUCUAUUAUUAGUCAAUCACCCGCCGCUGGUCCUAAAAAACUGGCUUCCGCUGGCUGCGAUAACCUUGUCAAAAUUUGGACGUUCGACGCUGACGUAAAUAACUGGAUUCUCGAAGACACACUUGCCGGCCAUACCGACUGGGCCCGUGAUGUCGCUUGGGCUCCUAGCGUUGGUUUGGCAAAGACUUACUUGGCUUCCGUCUCUCAAGACAAAACCGCUAUCAUUUGGACCAAGGAGGGCGCUGACGGUGCCUGGCAGAAGGUCCCUUUGACGAAAAAGGGAUUCGAGGAUGUCGCUUGGCGUGCGUCCUGGUCUUUGUCUGGCAACAUCCUUGCCAUUUCCUGUGGUAACAAUAAGGUAUACCUUUUCAAGGAAACAAUGAAGAAAUGGCAAAUGAUCAACGAAAUUAGCAACUAAGUUCUCCACCUCUCGAGACGAGAAAUAAAACGUCAUGAGCUUUUAGAACGGGAAGGCAAUGAAAACAAGACUCCGCGCCAAGUGCGUCGAGGCAGGCGCAUAUGACUCGGUACUGACAGUUUACCGGCACAGAGAAUGUUAAGGAUUACAAUAAGGCUGAUGUGUAAAUGCCGCUCCACUUCUAGCUAUCCAUCAACGGCGGCACGCCACGAGCAAGACACUCAGUUUGCACGGCGAGAAUUACCUUCUCCAGUGCUUUGCUCCAUCGUUGACUUGGUUGGACAAUGUGCCGAAACCAGUGGAGUAUCAUAUGAGCUUUCGCCAAAUUCUUUUCCACUGUAAUUAGUUUGCAAACAUACUUAAUAAAGUAAUCCACAUCUUGCUGGUGCGGGCCACGGAUGCAGUGUUUAUACCAAUGGCAGACUAGCCUCCGCAGCUCUGUCAUUGUUUGAGCACCUUGAAAUGAUAGCACGGGAUGCUGGGGUACGGCAACGGUAUCCGUUUUUGGCAACCUAAAUUGCAUAUUGCGGUCGCGCUUGAUCUCUUUUCGUAUAGGCGUAGGCAGCUCUUGAAAGACGGAGGGGUCCACUUCUUCAUACAGCGGUUGCUUGCGCUUUGCCGGUCUUCUCAUUAAUUCAAACGCAUUUGAAGUAGCUCCUAAAGGUUGUUUCACAUUUUUCGCAGCAGGAGGCGUUUUAUGACUUUUUAGCUGAAGCACUGGGGGGUGAAGGCGUUUGUGCUCUUCAAGAACUUCAUUGCGGAUGGGAGUGGGGAUGUUUUGUAGGAAGCCUGAGUCUAAUUGGGUAGGUAUGUCGUAAAUGGAAC